AUGUCUUUCGCGACGCAGGAAGAGGCCGCCGCGGAACGUCGCCGUCGUAAGCGUCGUCUUCGCAUGGAGCCUCCGCUUAAUUCAUUUAACAGAUCCCCGCAACAACAGCAGCAACCUCAUAUCUCUAGGCCUAUCCAGAACCCAAAUGUCCCGAAGUUGCCAGAAUCAGUGUCGGCUCUCACCGGGAAACGCCUCGAUCUCCACAACCAUAUCCUGAAAUUGAUCCGCGAGAACGAUCUGGAAGAAGCCGCUCUGUACACUCGUCACUCUGUGUACUCGAAUUGCCGUCCGACGAUUUUCACCGUGAACGCCGUUUUGGCGGCGCAGCUCCGGCAAGGCAAAUACGGGGCACUUCUGCAAUUACAUGGCUUCAUCAAUCAAGCUGGUAUCGCCCCUAAUAUCAUCACAUACAACUUGAUUUUCCAGGCUUAUCUUGAUGUUAGAAAACCCGAAGUUGCUCUGGAACAUUACAAGCUGUUCAUAGAUGGUGCGCCGAUGAAUCCUUCUAUUGCUACGUUUAGGAUUCUGGUUAAGGGUUUAGUUGAUAAUGACAAUCUCGAGAAGGCUAUGGAGAUUAAGGAAGAUAUGGGCGUUAGAGGUUUUGUUGCAGACCCUGUUGUUUACAGCUAUCUGAUGAUUGGGUGUGUGAAGAGUUCUGAUGCCGAUGGUGUUUUCAAGCUUUAUGAGGAGCUGAAGGAGAAGCUUGGUGGGUUUGUUGAAGAUGGUGUGGUUUAUGGGCAAUUGAUGAAAGGAUAUUUCAUGAAAGAGAUGGAGAAAGAAGCCAUGGAGUGUUAUGAAGAAGCUAUCGGAGAGAACUCAAAGGUUAAGAUGAGCGCUAUGGCUUAUAAUUACGUGCUGGAGGCUUUGAGCGAGAACGGGAAGUUCGACGAGGCUUUGAAGUUGUUUGAUGCGAUGAAAAAGGAACACAAUCCACCAAAGCUUUUGGCUUUGAAUUUGGGAAGUUUCAAUGUGGUUGUUAAUGGGUAUUGCGCAGAAGGAAGGUUUGGGGAAGCUAUGGAGGUUUUUAGGCAAAUGGGUGAGUUUCGCUGUAGUCCUGAUACUUUAUCGUUCAACAAUCUGAUGAAUCAGCUGUGUGACAACGCACAGUUGGCCGAGGCCGAGAAGCUUUACGGUGAAAUGGAGGAGAAGAAGGUGAAGCCUGAUGAGUACACAUAUGGUUUGUUGAUGGAUACUUGUUUCAAGGAAGGUAAGAUAGACGAAGGAGCUGCGUAUUACAAAACGAUGGUUGAGUCGAGUCUAAGACCAAACUUGGCUGUGUAUAACCGGUUGCAAGAUCAGUUGGUUAAAUCCGGGAGACUCGACGAGGCAAAGUCCUUCUUCGAUAUGAUGGUGAGCAAGCUCAAGAUGGACGACGAGGCUUACAAGUUCAUCAUGAGGGCGUUGAGUGAAGCUGGGAGACUCGACGAGAUGCUUAAGAUUGUGGACGAGAUGCUGGACGACGAAACGGUCAGGGUGAGCGAGGAAGUGCAGGAGUUUGUGAAAGAAGAGCUGAGGAAAGGAGGAAGAGAGGAUGAUCUGCAGAAACUUAUGGAUGAGAAAGAGAGAUUGAAAGCGGAGGCAAAGGCUAAAGAGUUGGAAGAAGCAGAAGCCAAGAAGAGAAGUACACAAAUCAGCAUUGCUUCAUUAAUCCCUCCAAAACUAGACGAGGGAAAGGCAUUGGAUAACGAUGUUGUUGAAGAAGCCAAUGUGAUGGAGCAAGGAGAAGAAGCAGGUGGAUCCAACGGUCAGAAUUCGCCGUCCUACUGA